AUGGACCUGCAACAUAUGCGGAGGUCGGUUUUUUCAGGCUCCAGUAGCCUUGUCGACUUACCUGAGUAUAUCAUCACUUCUUUUUUGCCUGGAGCGCGACCUCUCUUGGACAGAUACCCUCGCCUCUUUCGUUUCCUGGGUAUGUUGCUUGCUUUCUGGUAUCUGGGUCCGGUGGCGAGGCUGCAAGCCAUAUGGGCACGGUUCUCAUCAAUCCUAGUGGCCGCUGUCAGUGUGUCAAGUGAGGAAGAUCUUUUUGGCUAUGUCACUUCAUAUAUUGCCGAGCGGAAAACUCUUCGAGCCGAUCAAACUCUUACCGCCUCUUCGAACCCUCCUCAAGAGUCCCGCAGGCGCCAUCGCCACGAUCCAGAAUAUGAAGAAUCUUCAAAACGGACCAACGAGGACCCCAAGAUCAAGUACGAACAGAGUCAAGGACUGCAAUUGUUUAUCCACCAAAAGCGGCUAUUCUACAUUUCCCGAAAAUAUGGAGAAGGACAUACCUACCACGGCAAUCGUUACAAGCGAAUAGAACUCAUAACUAUAUCAUGCCUAGGGCGUUCUACCAAGCCUAUCAAGGAUCUUCUAGAACAUAUAUAUUUCUUGAACAAGGAUAAAGAACGCUCUCUGACCAUUAUUCGAAGGCCCUAUACCGGGGGCUAUGGCAGCCGUUUGACCUGGUCAAGGCUCACUUCGAAACCACGACGAGCUUUGGAUACUGUGAUACUGGACGCGACGAAGAAGGAACAAGUCUUGGCCGAUGUUGCGGAAUACAUGGAUGAUGCAACAAUGACAUUUUACGCAAACCAUGGAAUCCCAUACCGCCGCGGCUACCUCUUCCACGGGCCCCCAGGUACAGGCAAGACUUCAUUUGCAUUGGCACUGGCUUCAAAGUUCAACCUCGAUGUUUAUAAUCUGACACUCUUAGACCAAGAUCUCACGGAUUCAGAUCUUAUCUCAUUGUUAAAUCAGUUGCCCGGCCGCUCACUCUUGCUACUCGAAGAUAUUGAUACUGCUGGCCUCAAUCGAAAAGCUAAAUCUGCACCAGCUCGUCGAGGAGGCGGACGCCGUGGAAAGCUACCUGAAGGUGUUGUGGUACCAAGUUCCCGUGCCAAACCCUCGGGGUCAGAUGAUGCUGAUCUGGAUAGUGACGAAGAGUCUGGCACAACUUCUCGUGUCACGUUGUCUGGCUUGUUAAAUGCGAUUGAUGGUGUAGCUGCACCUGAAGGUCAUAUUCUGGUGAUGACUACAAAUCGCCCUUUUCAAUUAGAUGAUGCACUGGUUCGAGCAGGAAGAAUCAGUGUGAGAGUCGAGUUCAAGGCCGCAUCAAAGCGACAGGCAGAAGAGAUCUUCUUAAGAAUGUAUGUUGAUCUUCCAAGUACAUCCCCUCCAUGGGACGAGAAAGUGGACGACAAGGUACCCCCCAAACGGGGCCACUCUGAGAAAGAGGUCCUAAAGGCCACUACCGCGGUAGACGAUGCAGCUUCUGCGCAAACAAGAGUUCUGGCGAAGAAGUUUGCAGAAAUCAUUCCUGACCAUGAUUUUUCACCUGCCGAUUUGCAAGAUUUCUUACUCAUGCACAAAAAGGACGCAUCGAAGGCCGUUGAAGCUCUACCAGAGUGGAUGAAGCAAACAUACGAAGAACGACAGAAGAAGGAGGAUGAUAAGGAGGCCGAUAGGGCAGUGAAGAGAGAUGCCAAACGCCAACAAAUGCGGCAAUUUAGGGCUGAGAUCAAAAAAGCGGUCAAAGAGGAGGAUACUGACGAAAGUGACCAAGAAGAAGAUAGGCCAAGUGUCAAAGAGACUGACUCAAAAGGCGAUUCGAAGGGUAAGGCUGAAAACACUGAUAGUCCUCAGAACGACGAGCAGCCCGCCGACAAAACGACAGGAAUUGAAGACACUGCGUCCACCCCACAGAGCUCAUGA